UUUCACACAAAUGUGAAUCCUUUACCUUGGUUAUAUCAACAAAAAAUUUCAGAGAGACAUGGAGAAAUCAUAAAACAAAAAGAGCAAGUUGACAUUACGAACCUCAACUUCAGUACUGAUGAUGAGAAUACAGUCGUCCCAGCUCAUGAGGGCGUAACAUCGAAGUGUGAAGGACGUCUGGAAUUCCAAACACUGCCUGUUGGCAGUCUUCCACCUCUAAACGUCACCAACGAUGUUCCUGCACGAACUCCUGCAGAUUGCGCUAAGAAAUGCUUCGAAGCGAGUGGAUGUUCUCUCGCUGGUUUCAUUGGUAGCCCCUCCGGGAACAUCUCACAUGGCGUUUGCCUGCUGACUUCUGAUGGAAGUGUAUGCGGAAACAAUGCCGACUACGUUCCUCAACACGCUGCCUUGAAUCCCUUCGUUAUUUCAUGCAUCAAAUGCAGUUCGUGUACGUAUAACAUUCAAAAUGUGACACCGGAUCGUGUACUGCCAGACUUCAAUAACGUCGAGAGCGUGUCCUCGAUAGGCGAGUGCGCUCGAGCUUGCUACGCAAGGCGGUGUACCAUGGCACAAUACAAUAGCCAACAACAUUUGUGCAUGACGACGACUGAACCGCAGAGUUCGAAAUGUGCUCGAGAAACCGCAGUGGUGACCGAAGGUGUUCUGCCGGUCACUCUUGAAUGCGUGAACUGCUCGAUAUAA